AUGUUUUAUGCAGUUAUUUCACACAACAUUGAUUUUGUUACAUUCUUGAUGAAUGAGUAUAAUAUAGAGAUUGAUUUAAGAUAUUGUGAAUGGUUUCAUAAUCUUGAAUCAUUUUUAGUUUAUUUCGAUCGCACUAAUAAUUUUAACAAAUGCUUUCUUUUUUCAACCAGAUUUAAAAUACCAUCCUUAAGCGAAUAUUUUCUUUCACAUGGUGCAAAUAUUAAUGAAAAAGAUGAAUAUGGAUGCACAGUUCUUCAUUAUGCAGCAGAAAAUUAUAGUAAAGAAAUAGUCGAAUUUAUUCUUUCACAUGGUGCAAAUAUCAACGAAAAAGGUAAAAACGGAAAAAUCGCUCUUCAUUAUGCCACAGAAAAUUGUAGUAAAGAAAUAGCCGAAAUUCUACUUUCACAUGGUGCAAAUAUCAAUGAAAAAGAUAAUAGUGGACACACCGCUCUUUUUAUUGCAGCAAUGUACAAUUAUAAAUUAAUAGCCAAACUUCUUCUAUCAUAUGGUGCAAAUAUCAAUGAAAAAGAUAAUGAUGGAAAAAUCGCUCUUCAUCAUGCAGCAGAAAAUAAUAGUAAAGAAACAGUCGAAGUUCUUCUUUCACAUGGUGCAAAUAUCAAUGAAAUAGAUAAUGAUGGAUACACCGCUCUUUAUUAUGCAAGAAAGAAUAAUAAUAAAGAAACAGUCGAAGUUCUUCUUUCACAUGGCGCAAAAGAAUAA